AUGGACGCUACCGCCUUAUGUCUCAUUCGGUCUUGCGAUAGUCCUACUCGUAAGAUGAGCUUACUAUUGGUGCGCCGCCUCUACAAUGAGGCCUUGAACGCUCGGCAGCACACGCUGAAGCAGAUAGUACCGAACUCAAGGAUUGUUGUUAUACCUCCGGCCGAAGGCGGCUCACAGUGGCUCACGCGACUGUAUAGUCUGGCAGUGAUUGCGCUUGUCUGUGUUAUGCUUCUCAUGGUAGUUGCGUUCUUGCAUUACCGCGAGAGGAAGGAAGACCGAGUGGAACGGCAACAGCAGUCGCAUCGCUUCCACUUUGACGCC